AGAGAGAGAGGGUUAAUAUAAGAUGAAUAUUUAUUUCCAACAACAGGGAGAUAGACAUUUAUAGGUACAAUAGAGAGAGAAAAGUCCAGUAGUUGUAGUAGGCAUACAGGACAUAACACAAACCUUUGUCUAAGUCUUAGAGAGAGAAAAAGUAUACAUAUAUAAAGAAAGAUAUAGAGAGAGAAAGCACUAAAAUAAGAAAAACAAAAGAAAAGAAAAGUAUAUCAUCAAGUCCUAGAGAGAGAAAGAGAAAAAAGAAAGAAGAAAGUGAGGGUUGUUUGUUGCCAAGUGUAGCUGCAAAGAGCCCUAAAAAAAAAAACGAAAACCCUAACCCUAAAGAAAUGCUUCAUUUUUGCUGCUAUGUGCUUUGGUAACCAGUAAGGCCUUGUUAUUUUUAGCUUCACUAGAGAAACAAAUGCAACUAAAGUUCACAUUUUUAUGGUGAUUUAUUGUGAAAUCAACCUCCUCUGUAAUCUGCUUUAUAGGGACUCAUGUUUUCUUGCAUAUUUUACCCUCUUUUCUUUUGCUAAGAAUUAGGGUUAGGAAUUCUGGGAGGCUUAUAUGAAGUGAGCUUGCUGCAGUUAGAGGUGAUGCUGUUAUUUUAAAUUGGGAACUUUUAAAUCUCUGCACUUUUUUGGCUUUUUGAUGAAUUCGGUGUCUGUUGUUUUGGCAAAGAAAUUAGCUUCCUUGAUGUUGAAGUACGUAUCUGUAUUUGGUGUUUGAUGUUUGAUUGGAAGUAAUUUUUUAAUUAGCAGAAGUGAUUUAAGAUAUAGUUUCUGGGUACUGUAUUGUUCAUCAAAUUGGGGAGUAUUUGGGACUUGAAGAGGCUUUCAAGGGAAUUUUCUGUUGGUGACUUGAGACUCAGGUUUGUGCCUUAGCUUCAAUAUCGAACUGUUGCACUGGAGCGUUUAGGGGUACCGGGGACGAUGUCUUCGUUAAGUAGGGAAUUGGUGUUUCUGAUAUUACAGUUUUUGGACGAGGAGAAAUUCAAAGAAACUGUUCAUAAGUUAGAGCAAGAGUCUGGCUUUUUCUUCAAUAUGAAGCAUUUUGAGGAUCAAGUUCAAGCUGGUGAAUGGGAUGAGGUCGAGCGUUAUUUGUGUGGGUUUACAAAGGUUGAAGAUAAUCGUUACUCCAUGAAGAUUUUCUUUGAAAUCAGGAAGCAAAAAUAUUUAGAAGCUCUUGAUAGACAGGAUCGGGCGAAGGCUGUUGAGAUUCUUUGCAAAGAUCUUAAGGUUUUUGCUUCCUUCAAUGAGGAACUCUUCAAGGAGAUAACUCAAUUGCUUACUCUUGAUAAUUUUAGGCAAAAUGAGCAGCUUUCGAAAUAUGGAGAUACAAAAUCGGCUCGAAACAUCAUGCUUGUGGAGCUUAAAAAGCUAAUCGAGGCAAAUCCACUCUUUCGAGACAAGCUUACGUUUCCAGCUUUCAAAAGUUCGCGACUAAGAACUUUAAUAAACCAAAGUCUAAAUUGGCAGCAUCAGCUUUGCAAGAAUCCUCGUCCAAAUCCUGAUAUUAAAACACUCUUCACAGAUCAUUCGUGCUCUCCAUCCACUGCUAAUGGAGCUCGGCCCCCGCCUCCCACAAAUAGUCCCAUUGUAGGACCAAUUCCUAAGGCUGGUGCAUUUCCUCCUAUUGGUGCUCAUGGUCCAUUUCAGCCGGUUGUUUCCCCAUCUCCUGGUGCUAUUGCUGGGUGGAUGUCAAGCAAUAAUCCUUCUUUGCCUCAUCCUGCUGUGGCAGCAGGACCCCCUGGUCUUGUGCAGCCUUCCAGUGCAGCUGCCUUCUUAAAGCACCCAAGAACGCCCACAGGUAUGACUGGGAUUGAUUAUCAAUCAGCUGAUUCAGAGCACUUGAUGAAACGGAUGCGCACUGGCCAAUCUGAUGAGGUGUCCUUUUCUGGUGUAGCACAUACUCCAAAUGUCUAUUCACCAGAUGACCUUCCUAAAACUGUUAUGCGGUCCCUUAGUCAAGGUUCUAAUGUUAUGAGCAUGGACUUCCAUCCACAGCAGCAAACCAUACUGCUAGUUGGGACAAAUGUUGGUGACAUUAGCCUGUGGGAAGUUGGUUCUCGAGAAAGGUUGGCACAUAAACCUUUCAAAGUGUGGGAUCUUUCAGCUGCUUCAAUGCCACUGCAGCAGGCGGCAUUGUUGAAUGAUGCUGCAAUAUCAGUGAAUCGAUGUGUCUGGGGGCCAGAUGGACUUAUGCUCGGGGUUGCAUUUUCAAAACAUAUUGUGCAGCUUUAUGCUUACAAUCCAACUGGCGAACUGAGACAGCAUUUGGAGAUUGAUGCCCAUGUUGGUGGUGUUAAUGACAUUGCAUUUGCUCAUCCCAACAAGCAACUGUGUAUUGUGACAUGUGGUGAUGACAAGAUGAUUAAGGUUUGGGAUGCUGUAGCUGGACGAAGACAGUAUACAUUUGAAGGUCAUGAAGCUCCUGUGUAUUCUGUCUGCCCUCAUUACAAAGAAAAUAUCCAGUUCAUAUUUUCUACUGCAAUUGAUGGGAAGAUUAAAGCUUGGCUAUAUGAUUCUUUGGGAUCUAGAGUAGAUUAUGAUGCUCCUGGACUUUGGUGUACCAUGAUGGCAUAUAGCGCAGAUGGCAGUAGGCUUUUCUCGUGUGGAACAAGUAAAGAAGGUGAAUCUCAUCUAGUUGAGUGGAAUGAAAGUGAAGGAACUAUCAAACGGACGUAUUCUGGUUUCCGGAAGCGAUCUUCAGGUGUUGUUCAGUUUGACACAACAAGGAGCCGCUUCUUAGCUGCGGGUGAUGAGUUUCAGAUUAAGUUUUGGGAUAUGGAUAAUACCAACAUGUUAACAGCAGUUGAUGCAGAUGGGGGCUUGCCUGCAAGUCCAAGACUACGAUUCAACAAGGAAGGUUCAUUGCUGGCAGUCACAACUAGUGAUAAUGGUAUCAAAAUUUUAGCUAACAGCGAUGGACUGCGCCUGAUAAGAAUGCUGGAGAGCAGGGCUAUUGAUAAAAACAGAAGCCCAUCUGAACCCAUCAACUCUAAGCCGCUGAUUGUUAAUGCACUAGGGCCUGUGGCAAAUGUUUCUUCUGGCCUUGCUACUGCACUGGAACGCGUAGAUAGAAUGCCACCUGCUGUGGCCAUUAGUAGUCUUGGUACGAUGGACAGCAGUAGGCUUGUUGAUGUUAAGCCGCGGAUUUCAGAUGAAUUAGACAAGAUAAAGAGCUGGAAAAUUCCUGAUAUUGUUGAUCAAUCUCAUUUAAAAGCUCUGCGUUUGCCUGAUUCCAUAGCAACUGGCAAGGUUGUACGGCUGAUUUAUACCAACUCUGGCCUAGCUCUCUUGGCCCUUGCCUCCAAUGCUGUGCACAAACUUUGGAAAUGGCAGCGCAGUGAAAGAAAUCCAUCUGGAAAGGCCACUGCAUAUGUUGCACCACAGCUGUGGCAGCCUCCUAGUGGAACUCUUAUGACUAAUGACAUAAGUGAUAGUAAACCUGCUGAAGAAUCUGCUGCAUGCAUAGCUUUAUCCAAAAAUGAUUCUUAUGUUAUGUCUGCAUCUGGUGGGAAGGUAUCUUUAUUCAACAUGAUGACGUUCAAGGUCAUGACAACAUUUAUGUCCCCGCCUCCUGCUGCGACAUUUUUAGCAUUUCAUCCUCAGGAUAAUAAUAUUAUUGCCAUUGGCAUGGAGGAUUCUUCAGUGCAAAUUUAUAAUGUCAGAGUUGAUGAGGUCAAAACAAAACUGAAGGGUCACCAAAAUCGAAUAACAGGACUUGCAUUUUCCCAAAGUUUAAACGUACUGGUGUCUUCAGGGGCUGAUGCGCAGUUAUGUGUGUGGAGCAUUGAUGGAUGGGAGAAAAAGAAGUCAAGGUUUAUACAAGCACCACCAGGUCGUCAAUCCCCGUUGGCGGGUGAAACUAAAGUCCAAUUCCACAACGACCAAACACAUUUAUUGGUUGUUCAUGAAAGUCAAAUUGCCAUCUAUGACAGCAAACUCGAAUGCUUGCGCUCAUGGUAUCCAAAGGACACUCUCACAGCUCCUAUUGCAAGUGCAAUUUAUUCGAGUGAUGGUUUACUGGUUUAUACUGGGUUCUGUGAUGGUGCGGUUGGAGUUUUUGACGCAGAUAGCUUGAGGGUCAGGUGUCGGAUAGCACCUUCGGCUUACAUACCUUCCUCUGUUGCGGGCAACAAUGCAUAUCCUUUGGUAAUAGCAGCUCACCCAUCUGAGCCCAAUCAGAUUGCCCUAGGCAUGAGCGAUGGUGCCGUACAUGUAGUUGAACCAUCUGAUGUGGAGCUUAAGUGGGGUGGGCCAUCCUCUCAAGAUAACGGGUCGCACCCUUCUAAUUCAUCAAAUCCUUCUCUAAGUGGUCAACAAUCAGAGCAUCCUUCUAGGUGAUGCUGGCAUAGAUAGGCGGAUUAUACGACCAGAAAAUUGUGCAUUUACCUUUGUUUUACUGAUCCUCACUUUUUGCCCUGAUCAAUUAUAUAAUGGCCUGUUGAUUCAUAUUCAUUGUAAAUCUCUCUCUCACUCUCUUGCUGGGGCCAUUCUGCUCCUUUGAACGUACUAGGAGGAAAUUGUAUAAUUUUGUUGGUUUCUAAUUUGCUGCAAAAAUAGAGGCUAAUGUUGCAUCGCAUUGGAGGCACUGCAAGAGGUUUACUGUACGUAAAUAUACAUGUUUUCCUUUAAUGAAUGACUCCUUUGAAAGCUA